AUGUUCUCUCGCGGUACUUGGGGGGCCUCGCCCUGGGUGUUAUUACUCGCCAUGGCCCGCUUCUCCAACGCUGCUUGCGAGUGUGGUUAUUCGGUUAAUGCUACAACCGACCCUUCCUAUGCCGUCUUCACCGAGCUCAUGGAGAAUGACUUUCUACAUACAUCGACCGACGAUCUGAAAGAGGUUGGCUGGCAGCCCCAGGAAUACAAUGUUACCUCGAAAAAUGCUAGAGGGCCAUUUGGAAAGAGUAUGGAGUUGACCAACAUCGUUACAAACCCAUUCAAGAAAGGAUGGUCCGGUGAGGCUGACCACGGUGGAGACGCGGGACUCGAGUUAUGGGUACGAGGAGAUCACCAAGAUGGUCUCGUGAGCGGUGCUGAGCUCGUCACUAUGCGCAACGACUCUCUCCUUGGAAGCUUCCGUGUCGGCAUGAAGCUCUCGAAUUCGUCUGGAACCUGUGGCGCUUUCUUCUUUUACCACAACAACUCGCAAGAAAUCGACAUGGAAUUCCUUUCCCAUCAGUUCAACAACUCCCAAGGCGCCGUAAACCUCGUUCUUCAAAGCCCGGAAUCAGUUACGCACGGUUACGCUGCUCAAGGAACGAAUGGUUUCGAAGUCAUGGCUCUCCCUUUCCGUCCGGAUGAGAUGUUCCACGAGUACCGUUUUGACUGGACACCCAACCGUGUUGCCUUCUACGUUGAUGGCAAACUUCUUCACGAGAUGACCGAAAAUAUCCCUACGGAGAGCGGCGGUAUCUUCCUCAACCACUGGAGCAACGGCGACCCAUCUUGGUCUGCAGGACCCCCCGAUCAAGACACGGUUAUGACCAUCUCGUACAUGAAGGCGUACUUCAACUCUACCGAUACCGAGCGCUCGCAAAACGACUACAGGGACCGUUGCCCAACAUAUGACCCUGCGAAAGUUUGCGCCAUCCCCAACCAGAUGAGCCCGCCGGAUCAGAGUCAGGGCGUAGACGCAGCGAAGACGUACUUCUUCUCAACAGACGGAGACGACAUGACACCAGGUCAAACAACAUUUACUGGUAGCGCGAGCAGCAUGUUCAGCGCGCCGUCGUUAUCGCUCGCAAUCCCAUUACUCGUCACGCUACUCAGCUUAACACUGGGGUGA